GCAUGGGUACCCAGGAUGAAGAGCUCGACUGCCACAAACAGUUCCAAGCCGCCGUCAGCGUCAUUCAGAACCUGCCUAAGAAUGGCUCCUAUCGCCCCUCCUAUGAAGAGAUGCUGAGAUUCUACAGCUACUACAAGCAAGCGACCACGGGGCCUUGCGUGGUGCCUCGGCCUGGGUUCUGGGACCCCAUUGGACGAUACAAGUGGGAUGCCUGGAACCGCCUGGGCAAGAUGAGCAGGGAGGAGGCCAUGUCUGCCUACAUCUCUGAGAUGAAGCUGGUGGCACAGAAGGUGAUUGACACUGUGCCCCUAGGUGAGGUGGCUGAGGAGUCCUUUGCUUGCUUUGAGCCCCUGUACCAAUUGAUCCCUGACAUGCCAAAGCCCCCGGAAACCUUCCUGAGAAGAGUCACAGGUUGGAAAGAUCAGGGACAGAAUCGAGAUGAUGGGGCUGCCCCUGAGCCUCCCUGCCGCUCCAGGGAACCAGCAUUCCCACAUCCAGAGUCCCGGCCGCCCAGAGACCUGGACUUGGAGGUGUUCUGCGACUCCCUGGAACAGCUGGAGCCUGAGCUGCAGGUUUGGGCAGAGCACAGGGGAGCAGCUGGAGGAGAGCCUGACAGCAGAACCAGCCCUGAACCCCCCAGUGAAUCCCCCAGUGAGAAUGAGAGGCUGAGGGGCAGUCUGCUGGGGCCCCAGGAGUUGGACAAAUGGCUGAUGGGGACAGUUCGGGCCUUGCAGGAGAGCAUGCGGGACGUCCAGGGGAGACUUCAGAGUCUAGAGAGCCAGCCCCAGCCCCCUGAGCAGCUCUGGAAUCAACUGCUUCUCAAGGGACCCCUGGCUCCUUCUAGAGGAAAAGGCUACUUAGAAAGCAGUAUCUGAGUACCUAGGGUCUCCUUUGAAAUCGGGGGCACAUACUUUACAAUCCAGGCACUUCAGGUCCUGUAACAACAGAGUGGUUGCACUGUGCCCAAAGGAGCCAGUCCUUCUCUCCACCCUCUUUGGGCACCUGGGGUUGGACUGUGAUGAAGGGAGCUGGAGCUACAGGAUGUCAGAUGAUAUACCACCGGCUAGUGCUAUACAUGUGAGACUCAUCUUCCCACCCUUCGGAGACAUGACCCUUAUGAGUUCUAGAAACAGGUUCCUAGGGAGGGCUGGGCUGCUCCUGGGCUGGCCCCUGACUCCCUCCCUCUUGGCAGCAGAGACCCCCAGUCCGGGCUCGGCCUUGGCCCCUCAGGCUCUCGGCUCCCACGCUGUUCUUCUUGCUUCUGUGGCCCUUCGUCGUCCAGUGGCUCUUCCGACAGUUUCGGACCCAGAAGAGGUGACUCUGGAGGACCAGUUCUCUGGCAAUGGAGAAAGCUAGGAGCUUCUGUCCUGCUGUGCCUGAGCCUUCCUAGGGUUUAGGAGAAUAGCAUUAGAAAUCUCCCCUCCCAUCUUUGCCUUAGCACCCCUUCCCCUACUAAGACGCCACCCUCCCCCUGCAGCUCACAGCUCCCCCUCCCACCCCCCAGGCCUAGGCUGCCUUGGAAGACUGCAAUCAAUCAUGGUGCACAGACUCUCACUUCUGGGUUGGUAAUAGGCAGGGUGGUGCUGUCCAUCUCACCUUUCCAUGCCACUCUCUGGGUCACUUAAAUUCUCCUCCCAUCCCAGCUGCUCCCGGAGGAGGCUCAGCUCUAGGGCACGCUGGGACUUGAGCCUGGCCGCAAGAUGGAUUGGCUGGAAGGCUGCAGGGUCGCAGGAAAGUUGGGCAGAGCAGGGAAGGAAACAAAGAUCUGGGGACUGGGAGGAGAGAACGCUGAGGUAUCGCCCCUGGGAGAGACAGACACAGACACAGACACACACACACAGACACACACACACACACACACACACACAGAGCGCGUGCAAGCUCAGGUCAUCCUCACUGAAGAUUCAUUUGCAAAUGAAUGUUUCACCAAAUAAAAUAAAAUUUUAAUCUUC